AUUGAUUGUUACCAACAUUGCGAAGACCACGUGCGUGCUCCUGCUGUUUCUGUCACUGAAAUUGGACAGGGAACUUGAAGUGUGGUACGUAAAAGAUUAGGAACGUUUUCGAUGGAUGGGAAUUUACCGAUUCGUAAGGUGCCUCCGAAAGCAUUAUACGAACUAGUUCAGAUUUUAGAAUGUGAAAAUGAUUGGAAAAAGUUGAUGUGCAUCGUACCAAAGAAUUUUGAGGACACAUCUUUGAAAUAUAAUAUUGAACAUGUUAAGCAAAUUGAAGAUGCAAGUGGCUACCAGAGGAGACCAUGUGCCGAAAUAUUCCUUGAAGAGUGGAGUACUAGUGGCAGAAAACAACCAACGUUGCAGCUCCUCUUGCAUUUGCUUAAAAACGCUGAAUUGUUUAGAGCCGCUGAAUAUGUUGCUGUUCAAUUAUUGAAAGAAUCAGCGCCUGAGAGGCCGAAGACUGGACCUGCAGCUUACAUUGAUGUUUCAGAAAAAAAUAUUCAACAUCUGAUAGAUGCCAGGCAGGAAGAAAAAAAAAUGAAGAAAAGUGUGUUGUAUCACAAUGAAAAUAAAAUAUAUGAAAGUUUUACUGUAAACAGUGGUUCAAAAAUGUGUGCCAAUGCAAAUGAGAGUAUUGAAAAAACCAAUGCUACAGUUAUCAAGAGUGAACAAUUAUCACUUGCAAUAUCAAAUGAAACUGAUCAUGUGGAUAGUAUUAGCAUUUCAGAUAAUGCCAAACCUGAUGAAGACAGUAUUAAUUCUAAUCAUUCCACGACUUAUGAGAGAUUGCAUAAUACAAAUUUGGAACAUAUUUCUUAUGUGGAACUGGAAAGGUGUACAAAUUAUUUCUGUGAACUUCCAGUCAUUCCUGGCAAACCUGACAGUGGAGGUAAACUGGGCACUGGAGCAUUUGGUUCCGUGUAUUUAGGUGUUCUAUUAUCAUUAAAAGUGGCUGUGAAAAGAUUAAAGAAUGAUGCUGUCAGUAUUGAAAAGCAGUUCAAAAAUGAAGUGGAAACUCUUUCAAAGUACCAGCAUGAAAAUCUUCUUCCUUUGUUACGAUACUCAUGUGAUGGUCCACAUUAUUGCCUGGUGUAUGCUUAUAUGAGUAAUGGGUCUUUGCAAGAUCGCUUGGCAUGUCAGGGCUCAACGCCAAUACUUCCUUGGCAAGAAAGACUCAACAUAGCUCAUGGAACUUCGAAAGGAAUCUUGCAUUUGCAUACUGCUUAUGAAAAACCACUUAUUCAUAGAGACAUUAAGAGCGCUAAUAUUCUUCUUGAUGAUCAUCUAGUUCCAAAAUUGGGUGAUUUUGGACUGGUUCGCCUUGGACCCAGUGGACAACAAAGUCAGAGUGUUGCUCAAACCACUACAGUAUUUGGAACAUCAGCUUACAUGGCCCGUGAAGCAUUUUGGGGUGACAUUUCUGUAAAAUUGGAUUCCUUUAGUUUUGGUGUUGUUUUACUUGAACUUUUAACUAGUUUGCCAUCGUACGAUGAGAAUAGAGAAGGUCGUGAUUUGAUAACACAUGUAGAAGAUUCUUGUGAGAAGUCGAUAAAACCUUUGCUGGACUAUAGAGCUGGAAAAUGGUUGAUAAACGAAAAUCAAGACAUCUCAGAUUCCGUAUAUACCUUGGCUCUGGAAUGUUUGAAAGAGAGGAGACAAAGUAGACCAGAUAUGAGAAAAAUAGUUGAAGAACUGGAAAAUCUAAUGCAGUUAUUAAGCAAUUCAUGAUAUAGUUGAAAUUCACUUCAUAUAUGUAAUUAUAUUAAGGAGUAUUAAGGAAAUUGAAUAUAGCUGCUAACUACAUGAAAGUUUGCUAUCAGCAGACUAGUGAAGUUAUUGCAAAUGUUUUUAGAUACUUAAUUCAUUUAAGAUUGACAAGUUUUUAUAUUUGUAAUGGGGAAAUUUUAUUUAGUUUUUUAAUACAGCCAAGGAACACAUAGCAUAAUGGAAUAGAGAUAUUCUCAAAGUUUUCAUAACACACAAAUGUGUGUGCAUGAAGUAGUGCGUCUUUGAAUCCAAAAUGACACCCACCCAUCCACCCCCUUGCAAAAAAAGAGGGAGAAAAUUUGGACUACAGAGAAAAUGUGUUUUUCUCAUACUUGAUAGAUUCUCUAACCUUACAGAUAAGGGCCUCCCUUGGUUAGAUACAGAUUCCAGUUAAUCCUUCUCACUAGAAUGAUGUGAACUGGAACUGCCUCUGUUCUUGUGAUCUUGUGACCUAUAGUAGACCCCUUCUUAUAGUAGAUAAUCUUCACUUCCAUCUAAUACAUUAAAACAAAAUUAAUAAAAUCUCUUCACAAUUGAUGCACUGGAUGUGUGUGUUCAAGAAGUCUAAGAUACACUCUACAGUGAUAUUAAAAGCUUUAACUUCAUGGAAGGGGUCAAAGCUCGACUAUCUUGAAACAACCAAUGCUUCUACUUUAUAAUGACGUAUUCACCCCACCUAACACUUGUCUCUUGAAAUUAACACAAGAUCUUUGUUCAAUUUUCUGAUAUCCUCUUUCACUGGUGAUGUGAAAUGCCACCUUAAUGACCCUUGAAAACCACAAGGUUCAACAUACACAUUUAUACAAAAGAGCACGUGGGAAUCUGAUAGAAAAUUAUUGUUGAUAAGUCCGGAAAACCAGUAACUGUGAGAGAAAAUUGUUGUCAAGAUUUUAUUGGGUCCCUAUUACUGAAAAACACAACGUACUUUGUAAAAAAAAAAGACUUCCUUAUAUUGCAUAUAAAUAUUGUUACUUUAAUUACCCAAUUCCGCUCUGCUUAGUGUUUCAUGUUCUUUUUUUGUAAACCAAAUGCAUUUAUUUAAGUUACUGACUGACUUUAGUUCAUCUUUUUAUGAUUCACUUGUGGCAUGUGCCAAAAGGAGGUGUCGAUAUUGCGAUUUAUGCAAUACAGCCCCUGGCAGUAAUCAGCAAUUUCACAUAAUCGGAGCUUAAAC